AUGACCGAGCAGAUUAGUCGACAACAAUAUUUACAAAACCAGUAUAACGUGUACAAAUCACAAUUGCAACAGAUCGCACAAAAGAUUGUCGAUUUGGAAACAGACGCUGAUGAACACAAACUGGUAAAUGAAACCUUGAAGCCUUUGAAUAAAGAUCGCCGUUGCUUUCGUAUGAUUCAUGGCGUUUUGGUUGAGCAGACUGUAGAAACCGUUAUGCCUGCAUUACAUACGAACCAGGAAGGAAUUCGGAAAGCAAUGGAUGCCCUGCUCGAACAAUAUAAGGAACUUGAAACGGAGUUUACAAAGUUUCAAAAAGACAACAAAAUUCAAGUUGUUCGACAAUAA